UUUCAUUUACACAACUCACCUAACUUUCUCUCUCCUCCUCUACCGUGCCUUUUCCCGAGAAAAUAUUUUCUCUCUCUUUCUAUGAACGGAAAAUAUCAGAUAAAUUGUAAUAACCUUGAGAAAUAUAUUUAUACUACUACUGCUACUCUCUCUUUCUAUAUCUAACCCUCACAUGGACCCACUUCAACCUCCUCCGCAACCGCCCGCCGGCGCCACCACUGAACAGCCCCCGAACAACAUAGCUCACGCAGCAAACCCCGCUCCACCUCUUCAUCCUGCUUACAGCCAUCCUCCGUAUGCUGAGAUGAUACAUACGGCGAUAACGGCGUUGAAGGAGAGGGAUGGGUCGAGCAAGAGAGCGAUAGCGAAGUAUAUAGAGAGAGCGUACACGGACCUGCCGCCGACUCACUCGGCCUUGUUGACUCACCACUUGAAGCGGUUGAAGCUCAAGGGCCUUCUCGUCAUGGUCAAGAAAUCGUACAAGCUCCCUAGAUCUGAUCCUCCUCCGGGGAACUCGAAUCCAGUUCCCGACUCUUCCUCUCCUCCCGGGGCCAAACGGGGCCGGGGACGGCCUCCCAAGCCGAAGCCCAUUGGGCCCUCAAAUGGUUACUUUGAUACCCAGCCCAAUAUUAAUGCCCAACCCGAUAUUAAUGCCCAGCCCACUACUGAUGCUCAGCCCACUGCUAUUGAUUCUCUGCCUAGUUCGAAUAUGCUAUUACAGCUACAACCAGUUUUGGUAUCGGUUGGACUUGUCGAUGAGCCGGCGGCGACGGUGAGGAGGGGUCCCGGUCGUCCGCGGAAGAGUGGGGUGGUAGGACAAGUUGGUGGGCUGGGGGUGGCGAAGAGGGGGAGAGGUAGGCCUCCCGGAAGUGGGCCCAAGAUGGCUCCUGGACGGCCCAGGAAACCGAAGUCAGUGACAGCUGUCCUGGGCCCUAAGAGGGGCCCCGGGCGUCCGCCUAAGACGGUGGUUGUCCCUUACGCCAGUCCGUUGCCGAGUCCCGUGAAGGCGCGAGGGCGGCCGAAGAAGUUUGCGGAAGGAGGUGAAAUGAUGGCAGGUCUGGCUGCUGAAGGGGGUGAAAUAGAGCCAAGGAAGAGGCCGGGCAGGCCGCCUAAGGUUGGUGGGCCCAUGAAGAUGAAGCCGAGAAAGAGUACUGGAAGACCGGUAGGGCGGCCCAAGAAGAUUGCAGCAUCUGGGAUAGCUGAAGUGCCUCAACUACAAGCAACACACCAGGAUUUCAGGAGGAAACUUGAAUUUUUCCAAUCAAAAGUCAAGCAAGCUGUUGGUGUGCUGAAGCCUCAGUUAACAAAUGAAAGUGCAAUUAGUGCUGUAGCAGCCAUCCAAGAGUUGGAAGGACUUGCAUCCAUGGACAUUAGCACCAUUCCCUUGAGAGAGGAAGUUCAAGCUCAACAAGUAGCUCAAACAAUGCCGCUUACGAUUUCAUGAAGUUUGAAAAUUUGUUGAAGAAUGAAGAACCUCAUUCAACUGUUAGGCGAAAGUGUUCUUACCGACAACACAAAAGAAAGAGGUAAGGAUCUAUAAAUGGUGAAUAGGGAGGGAAGUGGCAAAACUAAUUGUUGUAGUUGAGAUGACCUGGAUUUUGUCAAUUCUGCUAUUCUGUAUGCUUGUCAACUCUUUCAUGUCCGUACCAAUUUCAGCUCCGCAAAUCAAUUCGAGUACAUUUUCUCAACAUUUCCGAUGAUUAAUGCCUUUGAAUCAUUGAAUGUCGAUUCUCGUACCUUCCUCGAUUAUGCUAACGCGCUUGCGCAAAGAGGGGAAGGUUGAUUGCUAAA